GGCGUCGUCGUCGUCGUCGUCGUCAGUCGGCGGCGUCCGCGCGAGGGGACCGGCGGCACCGGGCCGGGCUCCCCGAAGGAGCCGUUAGGGACCCCCGACCCCCCCCGGACCGCAGUUGAACUUUCUAAAACUCUGCCAAGAUGACACCUUCUCAAGUAACCUUUGAAUUAAGAGGAGCUCCAUUACCAGGAGAAGUUUUUGCAAUAUGUGGAAACUGUGACUCUUUGGGAAAUUGGAAUCCUCAAAAUGCCGUGGUCCUUCGUCCAGAUGAGGAGACAAAUGAUUGUGUUCUUUGGAAAAUAACCAUUGCACUUAAUAGAGGAGAACCGGUUCAUUAUCGUUACUUUAAAGGGUCCUUUCUAGAACCAAAGACUCUCGGUGGUCCAUGUCAAGUCAUAGUUCACAAGUGGGAGACUCAUCUACAACCACGAUCAAUAACCCCUUUAGAGAAUGAAAGCAUUAUUGAUGAUGGACAAUUUGGAGUUCACAACGGUGUUGAAACUCUGGAUUCCGGAUGGCUGACGUGUCAGACUGAAAUAAGAUUACGUCUACAUUAUUCUGAAAAACCGCCUGUCUCGAUAACCAAGAAAAAAUUUAAAAAAUCUAGGUUUAGGGUGAAGCUCACGCUAGAAGGUCUGGAGGAAGAUGAGGAUGAUCUAGAGAAACCAUCUCUCACUGUUCUUCAGAAGAUGUCAAAUACUCUAGAGAUAUCUCUUGUAAGCGAUAAUGAGUUUAAGUCACGGCAUUCUCAACCAGAAUGUGGUUAUGGACUACAGCCAGAUCGGUGGACCGAAUAUAGUAUACAGACUAUGGAGCCAGAUAACUUGGAAUUAAUCUUUGACUUUUUUGAGGAAGAUCUGAGUGAACCAGUAGUGCAAGGAGAUGCUCUUCCAGGCCAUGUGGGGGCCGCAUGCCUCUUAUCAUCUACUAUUGCAGAAAGUGGGAAAAGUGGUGGAAUCCUCACACUUCCGAUCAUGAGCAGAAAUUCAAGAAAAACCAUUGGCAAAGUUAGAGUUGACUUUAUAAUUAUUAAGCCAUUACCAGGAUACAAUUGUGAUAUGAAAUCUUCAUUUUCAAAAUACUGGAAACCAAGGAUACCUUUAGAUGUUGGUCAUCGGGGUGCAGGAAAUUCUACAACAACUGCCCAACUUGCUAAAGUUCAAGAAAACACAAUUGCUUCUUUAAGAAAUGCUGCUAGUCAUGGUGCAGCAUUUGUAGAAUUUGAUGUUCAUCUUUCCAAGGAUUUUGUGCCUGUUGUGUAUCAUGAUCUCACUUGUUGUAUGGCUAUGAAAAAGAAAUUUGAUGCUGACCCAGUAGAAUUGUUUGAGAUUCCAGUGAAAGAAUUAACUUUUGAUCAACUCCAGUUGCUAAAGCUGGCUCAUGUGACUGCACUUAAGUCAAAAGAUCACAAAGGUACUUUUGUAGAAGAAGAAAACUUCUUUUCUGAGAAUCAGCCAUUUCCUUCUCUACAGAUGGUUUUGGAGUCUCUACCAGAAGAUGUUGGGUUUAAUAUUGAAAUAAAAUGGACUUGCCAACAGAGAGAUGGAAUUUGGGAUGGCAACUUGUCCACAUAUUUUGACAUGAAUUUGUUCUUGGAUAUCAUUCUAAAGACUGUUUUGGAAAAGGCUGGAAAGAGGAGAAUUGUAUUUUCUUCAUUUGAUGCGGACAUUUGUACAAUGGUACGGCAAAAGCAGAACAAGUACCCCAUAUUAUUUUUGACUCAAGGGAAAUCUGACGCUUAUCCAGAGCUCAUGGACCUCCGAUCACGGACAACUCACAUUGCAAUGAGUUUUGCCCAGUUUGAAAAUUUGUUGGGAAUAAAUGCGCACACCGAAGACCUGCUCAGGAAUCCAUCAUAUAUUCAGGAGGCAAAAUCUAAAGGUUUAGUAAUCUUUUGUUGGGGUGAUGAUACAAAUGAUCCUGAAAACCGAAGAAAGCUAAAGGAAUUUGGAAUUGAUGGCCUCGUCUAUGACAGGAUAUACGACUGGAUGCCCGAACAACCAAAUGUAUUCCAGGUGGAGCAGCUGGAACGCCUGAAGAAGGAGUUACCGGAGCUAAAAAGUUGUUUAUGUCCCACUGUUAGCCACUUUGUUUCAUCAUCAUCAUCUUUGUGCAUGUGUCCUGAAAUCCAUUUGGAUGCUAAUGGCAUAGAUAAUCUACAGAAUUCCUAGAGCCCAAUUUUGGCACGUGCGCCUGUUGUGAAUAAUUUACCUUUCAUCAUCGAACAGUGCUUACCUAUGCCUUUGGUUUUCUCAGUCCAAUGAAGCAAUAAUUAAGCGUUUUACAAUUCCACUACAGUUCUUACUAGAAUUAAGUCAUAUUAUUUAAGUCAUUUGGCCAGGUAUAAUUACUAUCCAAUCUGCAUGUAAAACAUAGAAAUUGUAGGUUUAACCUCAAAAACAAGUAAGUUAAAAUGCAUUCUAAAGAGAAUUUUAAUUGCAAGUAUAGCACUUGGUAAUAUGUAAAGAUGACUGUAUUCUCUCCUGUCUUUAUCAGAUCUCUCUUCUUUAUCAGAUAAGCUUUUCAUUUACUGUCCCUUAAACUGGUCUGAAAUCAUUAGCAGCAGAUCUUGAGAAUGGCUAUUUUAAAUUUCUCUACUCAUGAUUAUACCUGGCCAUGAAAAAAUUAGUACCUCAAAUGCAUGCAUUUGCACUGGUGGUUCCAACUGUACAAACCUUUGACUGUACAAACCUUUGUGCCAUCUUAAAGUAUAUGUGUACAUAUGUUUUUGGAGACUGCCCUGUACAUAAAAGUCCAUUUAAUUAUGAAUCUUGAAGCUGCUGCCACUAUUCCACCUCUGCCAGCCAAACGAAUGCAGUAGUGCUAGGUCUUUAUAAGCAGUCGAAAGCAAAAAGUGAAAACAUGAUUCAUACCUCUUUUUCCGUAGUUGUUCUACAUGAAUUUGCUAAACUUCAAAAUGCUGCAGGUAAUUUAGUGGCUUAAUAUGAACAGGAUGCAUUGCAGAUUCAUUUCUGCUGAUUUUAAUAUUGCACAAUAACUUUAGUGGAACAUUACCUAAUGUACAAAUUCUACAGAAUGCAUGCUUCGGGUAUUAAGCAUGAAAUUAUACAUGUUUACGGUUAAGUCCUUUCAUCCUUUGGUGCUAGGUGAGUUUGAGAAGGUGGCAAGGACUUAAAAAAAAAAUUGUUGCCUAAAAAUAGCCUGUCAUAGGCAUUUUAAAUAUGCUUACCAUCUCUAGUGUGUCCUACUACCUAUUAUAUAGCUUUGGUUCUUUUUGUGUGUUAUGCAGGAGUCCAAUCUCCAACCAAAAAAAAAAAAAAUAAAGUCCUGAAUACUCAA